UGGAAUUCACAAGACAUCAGUAUGGAGAUGCAUCCACAAAGUCGUCAAAGCAAUAAAUGAUAUACUACAGCCAUUGUGGAUCAAAAUGCCUAAUGAGUUUGAAUGUAUAAUGCCUACUCAAAUAUAUGAGGAACGUACACAUAUUCCACAACUCAUUGGAGCUAUCGAUGGAACACAUAUUCCUGUGUUACCACCUGCAGAUGGAUAUAGAGAUUAUAUUAAUAGAAAGGGGUGGCCAUCAAUAAUAUUGCAAGGCUUAGUUGAUCAUACACUAAGAUUCAGAAAUAUUAAUUGCCAUGCACCUGGAUCAGCCCACGAUGCAGCAGUUUUCAAAGAAUCAAAUUUGUUUCAUUACUAUAAACAUUUAAUACCACAGAAAACAGUUACAUUAAAUGAUGUUGAAAUACCUUUUAUGAUAAUGGGAGACCCAGCACAUCCUCUGCUUCCAUGGCUGCUGAAAGCGUAUACCAAAUGUAAACGUCUAACGCCGGAAGAAGUAUCAUUCAAUGUUUAUUUAAGUACUGGGCGUGUGGACAUAGAAAUAGCAUUUGGACGCUUAAAAGCUCGGUGGCGACGUAUUUUAAAGAGGAUUGAUGUCCACUAUACUUUUGCACCCUAA